CCGUAAGCCGAGCGUAGGCGGGGCGGGGCCCGGGCGGUGCCGCUUGGUUGGGGCCCGGCGCUGGCGGCUGCUGGACUGGACGGGUCCUGGCGGCGACAUGUCGUCUGGCGUGGCCGCGCGCCGCGACGCCAAGAAACUGGUGCGCUCCCCCAGCGGCCUGCGCAUGGUGCCCGAGCACCGCGCCUUUGGAAGCCCCUUCGGCCUGGAGGAGCCGCAGUGGGUCCCGGACAAGGAGUGUUCAAGAUGUAUGCAGUGUGAUGCCAAGUUUGACUUUAUCACCAGAAAGCACCACUGCCGCCGCUGUGGGAAGUGUUUCUGCGACAGGUGUUGCAGCCAGAAGGUGCCACUUAGGCGCAUGUGUUUUGUGGACCCGGUGCGCCAGUGCACCGAGUGUGCUCUGGUGUCCCACCGGGAGACUGAGUUCUACGACAAGCAGCUCAAGGUGCUCCUAAGUGGAGCCACCUUCCUGGUAACUUUCGGAAACUCAGAAAAGUCUGAAACCAUGGUCUGUCGACUUUCCAACAACCAGAGAUGCUUGAUUCUGGAUGGAGAUAGCCACUGUGAAAUCGAGAUUGCACACGUCUGUACCGUGCAGAUUCUUACAGAAGGAUUCACUGCUGGAGAAAAGGACAUUCACAUUUACACGUGCCUCCUGGGGAGCCAGCCCGCCUCUGAAGCAGGCAGCACUCGAGCCACAGGCAUGUUCCUGCAGUACACAGUGCCAGGAGCAGAGGGUACAACCCAGUUGAAGCUGAUGGCUGGGGAGGAUGCAAAUGGCAGCAGGAGGCAGGCAGCAGCGUGGCUGGCAGCCAUGCACAAGGCUACCAGGCUCCUCUAUGAAUCACGAGACCAGUAACUGUAACAAGUGAACUGAGCUCACAGCACAUCAAGUCCAAGCUCUUGGCCCUGCCGGAGCACUCAGGGCUUUGCCCUGCUUGUGCGUGGAAAUGCAGGUCAAGUACCUGGAAGCAGAGUAUCAAGCACAGUGUUCACUCGCCUAGUGCAAUACGGUAAUACUAAAUCACACAGUUUAGUAAUGCUUGGCACAGCCUCCUGUGCUAGUGUAUUGUUGGUACCCACUGGGGUGGGAGACGCUGCACUACACUACUGCUGACCAGGUUCUAUAACCCACGUUGCUAGGAGUUCCCAGGUCCACGAGAAAGUUCUGGCCUUGUUCCCACAGAAGCAGGUUGGAUGAUCACUCAGGCCUCUGAGUUUGCGUUGAGCCCUGCCCCUCUUUAAUAGCCAGUUGACGACGUCUGCCUUAGCCUCUCCAUUCACUCUGUCACUAAUACAUGGUAAUGAACAACCCUUUUGAUACUUCACCAAGGGGAAGGCACCAGCUUUGUGUUUUC